AGUGAAUCAGAUUUGUGUUUGCAGGUGAGUUUAGAGUGUGAUUGGCGUAAGCAUUCAGCAUUUCUGGUCACAUUGCAGAAUCGUAUGGAUUUGCAUACUACAUGUUCUACUAUUGGUACAUUGAUGACUUUUAAUAGCGCUGAAGAAACAUUUCCUGUUGGUUGUAUUCAUUACAUGGUUCACUUAUUUUCAUCGCCUUUAAACGUGACAUUUUUAUCCGUACGUGCGAUACCAGAUCAUAUCACCGUUGCUGUGAGUGCAGUUCGAUUCUCUUGUGUACCCUUCGAUCCAGUAUAUAGACAAUGUAAGGGAUAUCAUCCGCAGAUUUGUAUUGCACGAACAUUGUUCUGUGACGGGUACGAUAAUUGUGGACGGAGUAAUGACGAAAAGGACUGUGACCCAGAUGAUCAAGAAACGUAUACACAAUUAACAAUAACGAUAUUGGACGAUCAAAAUGAAAUUCCACGAAUUAUUAUUUGUGUGGUGGUAUUGAUAAUUUUAAUGUGUAUUUUCUGUUGUGUUUACAUAUGGCGUUAUCGCAUUGUGCGGAGACGUAAAUUCCAAUCGAGAUGUUUGAGAAAGAUGUUGGGUUUAGGUGAGAGUGACCAUCACGAAAAUCAGGAUGAAACUGUAGCGCUGCUGGCGUAUACACUCAGUACCCAGUGGCUACCUUAUAUGAACAACAAUGUCAAAAGUAAUAAUCACAGAUGA